GUUGAGGAAGCUCAAGUUCGAACUCGCGCUCCGAUUCCUUCUCUCCUGAAACCUCCGGACUAGUCUUCACCGGUGUACUCUCUCUCCUCUUCCACAGCUUCAAAGCUCCGGCGCUCCUCCCAGAAUAUAUGCGGCUUUUGCUUCAGUAACCUGAGAACAGGGCAAGGCGAUGCCAUCUUCACUGCUUAGUGUAGACACGAAUUCCAUUUACAGUGCAUUCUCAACAAUUCCCAGCAUGGAAGUCAUCGUUGCCCAAUCUGUGCAGCUAAUUGGGACAAGGAUAGUGUACCUUUCCAAGAUCCUCCUCCUCAACCAAACAAUUUGGGUGGAUUCCCUUCUUUUUCAUUUCAAUUUCACCCAAAACCCCAUUCGACUUCUCCUCUGAAUUCAUUUGGUACUUUCAACCCAUUCCAACAGCACCCAUCUGGUGCUCUGAACCCAUUCACACAACAAUUCCAAGACCCCCGGGAACCUGCUAGCUACUUUGAUGAUGAACCUCUCCUAAUUAUUUCACCCACCCAAUCCUCCGGACCCCAGAAGGUAACCAUUAGGACUCACACAGAGACCCCUGCUAUAUCUGCUGCAGAAUCACGUCCACAGUUUCCUGUUCUUGUCAGCAUUCGUGCACCAGCACUUCAAGAUCCUGAUGGCCAUGGCCGUAAACCCAUUGACCUUGUGACAGCUCUGGAUGUAAGUGGCAGUAUGACUGGCCGAAAGCUUGACCUUGUUAAGUGUGCUGUUAAAUUUGUCAUACAAAACUUGGGGGCUUCGGAUCGGCUUUCUAUAGUUACUUUCUCCACAACUGCUAGAAGUCUCUUUCCCCUCAAAAGAAUGUUUGUUGAAGGCCGUGAAAGUGCAACCCUAGCAGUCGAAUCUCUUACAGCAGUUGGUGGAACUGACAUUGCAAAAGGACUCAUCACAGGAACUAGGGUCCUUGAAGGAAGAAAGGAAAGGGACCCAGUGGCUAGCAUCAUGCUCUUAUCGGAUGGCCAAGACAACUACUGUCACAAGCCGAGCCAAAUGUUGAACAAAUUGCCUACUCCGGUAUGUUCUAGCGACACGCAACAUGAAAUCCCAGUCCACACAUUUGGAUUUGGCAACGACCAUGAUGCAAACAUUAUGCAUGCUAUUUCUGAUGCAUCAGGGGGAACCUUUUCAUACACUGAAUCAGUUGGAAUGAUACAAGAUUCCUUUGCUUUGUGCAUUGGUGGUCUUCUCAGUGUUGUGGCUCAAGAACUUCGCCUCACAGUAAGGUCAGCUUCAAGUGGGGUGAAGAUUGUAUCAAUACCAUCAGGGAGACAUGUCGGUCAGAUUUCUGAUGAGGGUCGGCAAGGCGUUGUCGAUGUUGGAAAUAUGUAUGCAGAAGAGGAGAAGCAAUUUCUGGUGUACCUCUUAGUCCCACAAUCCUCAGCUUUAGAGACUAAGACAUCAUUGUUAGAUGUGUCAUGCGUGUACAGAGAUUUAGCGUCAAAUAUUAUGCUCCAGGUUUCAGGUGAGAGAAUAGAGAUACUAACACCUGAGAUUUGUUCUCCUGCUGAAAAAACAGUGUCUUUGGAGGUUGAUCGGCAGCGGAACAGGGUUUUGGUGGCUGAAGCUAUUGGAGAGGCUAAAGGGUUGGCAGAGAUGGGAAACAUGGAGGGUGCAAGGGAGAUUUUGACUCAACAAAGAGAAACUCUCUUAACAACACCAGCAGCUCAAGCUGGGGAUGGUCUCAGCAGUUUGCUUGAAACAGAGCUUAGAGAGAUCAUGAUUAGAAUGUCAACCAAGGAGUCGUAUGCUCACACUGGGCAUGCUUUUGCUCUCGCAGGAAUGAGCUCUCAUUUACAACAGAGAGCCACAGCUAGGGGUGACACAGAUACAUCAUGUCUCUCUGCUGGUUUUGGUGCCUCUAGGGCUUUUGGUUGUGCAUCUGCUUUUGGUGGCUCCUCUGCUUUUGGUUUCUCUUCUGGUGGCUCCGCAGCUUUUGGUGCUGCUGGUUCUCUAUACAGCGCAGGACCAACUUUUGGUGCCUCUGCUGCUGCUGCCGGUGGAGGUGGUCUACGGGGUGCCCCCAUGAUGUUUGGUGCCCCCGUUGGUGCGUAUGAAACACCUGCAAUGCUCAGAAUGGUAGAAAAAUCAAAGAAUAUAGGCCUCCAACCAGAACAAUAGGCUAAUACAUUUUAGUCUUCUUUUGGUUAAUUGUCUUUCUAUAUUUCUGUUGCUUGUCACCUUUCUUUGUAUGCAUUGGAUGAAUCUUUAGUGAAGUUUUUAUAUUUGAUUC